AUGGGGUACUUUGAUGAAUCGGGACGCCACACUCGCGAGGCAGUCGUGAUCGCACAUGGUGGUUUGGACAGUGCAACAUCCAUCCAAGUCAUCUCUCUCCUGAAGUGUCUGGCUAAUGGAGGCCGGACAAUCAUCUGCACUAUUCAUCAGCCCAGCGGCAACCUCUUUCUGAUGUUUGAUCAGCUGUUCAUUCUCAGCCAAGGCCAAUGUAUAUACAGAGGCACAGUCUCCCACCUCGUCCCUCACCUGACCGCCCACAACCUUCAUUGCCCAAAGUUUCACAAUCCAGCAGAUUUCAUCAUAGAGGUGGCGACGGGAACCCACGGAGACAUGCAGGCCGUGUUAUUUCAGGCCGCUCAAAGCAGCCCGUGCUGUGAGAAGAGCUUCGAGGACAACCAGGGUUCCUCCGGGCAUUUGGAAUCGGAGCUAACGCCCUUUGCCGUGCCGAACUUUGCCACGAGUAUGUUCAAACAAUUCUACAUCCUCUUCAAAAGGAACCUGACAAUGAUGGGGAGAGACAAGAUGCUGACCUCCCUGAGGGUUGCCUCUCACCUGGCGAUGGGACUCCUGAUCGGCCUGCUUUACUUCGGCCUCGGAAACGACGCCAAGUUUGCCCAGGACAACACCGCCUUCCUUUUCUUCUCCAUGCUGUUCCUCAUGUUUGCCGCCCUGAUGCCCACCGUUCUGACCUUUCCUACGGAAAUGUCCCUGUUUAUCAGGGAACACUUAAACUCCUGGUACAGCCUCCAUGCGCACUACGUGGCGAAAACAUGUGCGGACGUAUCGUUUCAGGUGACCUGUCCAUUCCUGUACUGCACUAUUGCAUACCUGAUGACGAGCCAGCCUCCAGAGGCCGUUCGCUUCUUGCUCUUUGUCUCCUUUUCUACAUCAGUCGCUCUGGUCGCUCAGUCACUGGGGCUGCUCGUAGGGGCAGCAUCUCCGUCGCCGCAGGUCGCCAACUUUGCCGGGCCGAUCACAGCCAUUCCCAUCGUCUUGUUCUCGGGAUUUUUCAUCAAUUUCCAAGCCAUUCCUAAUUAUCUUCGCUGGGUCUCUUACAUGUCCUAUGUCAGGUACGGCUUCGAGGGAGUGCUCGUCUCCAUCUAUGGGAUGGAUCGCGAAAAUCUGGAAUGUAAGGUGGAGAUGUGCAACUCUGAAGAUCCCCAAAACAUCCUGCAAAUGCUGGAUGUGGCAGAAAGCAAGAUCAACAUGGAUUUCAUUAUCUUAGGAGUUUUCUUCACCAUCAUCAGGGGGGCAACUUAUCUCGUUCUGCGCUACAGAGUGAGAGCAACCCGUUAA